GUUACUCCAUUUUCUGUUGCUUCUUUCAACAACAAAUAUUCAUUAAAUACGAUUAUUAAAAUUUCUGGAUUAUAAUUACAAUUAUUAUUAUUAUUAUUAUUAUUAUUAUUAUUGUUAUUUGUAUUAUCUAUUAUCUAUAAUUUACUGCUUCUUAUCAUUUACUACAUUUGAAACGAAGAAAAAAAAAAAAAGGAAAAAUGCAACUACUUGACAAUGCUGUUGAUCUUCGGGGAUCUCAAGUGCUUAAUGUGAAACGGUUUGUUUUAUCUCAUCAUUUCUUUUCCUUUUUCUUUCUUUUCAUUUCAUUUCAUUUCCUUUCAUCAUCUUAUCUUACCUCAUCUUACCUUACCUUACCUUACCUUACCUCACCUCAUCUUACCUUAUCUCAUUUCACCUUAACUUAUCUUACUUUACCUUACCUUUCCUUACCUUUCCUCUCCUUUCCUUUCUUAUUCUUUCCUCUCACUGAUAUCAUUUUGUUUAACAUCUAUUACAGAUUUUCUUAUUAUUAUGUCUAAAUGGGAGGAUGGUAAGUAAUCAGGUUGAUAUUUGGAGCUUGCGAAAAUUAUUUUGGCCACUCUCUAUUUAGCAGUUUGUUUAUUUGCUUUUAUUUCUUAUCACAUUUAUGAUCUUUCUAAUUUUCCAUCCUUAUAAUUACCUCUCUUCCUUUU